GAGACAAAACCCUCUCAAUAUUGUCCUUCUCAUUCCUAUCUCAGUGUUUUCCGCAGGGUUUGGAGUCUGAUUCAGCAGACUGUGCAAGAAGGGCUGACGAUAAAUAUGACACACCAUGUUUUCCCCUUUCUUUCCUGGUGGGACAUUUCAAUAGAGUGUUUACUAAUCCCUUCCUACAAGGAAACUCUAAGAUUAUUUUCCUCAAGCCUCUUAUACACCAUGCACAUUGCCCUGCAUUAGGACCUUACUUGAGGCAGCCUUUGGUCAAAAAAGAGCAGGAUUCAUUGUCGGGGCAAGUGAAAGGCAACCAUCACCUUCCUGUUCACCUGUGAUAGGAGGAAUAGAAACAUUACUCACAGCAUUCCGGUAUUCUCAAAUAAUCUUAGAGAAGUCAUAGAGAAUUAGAUAAUAGAUGUAUCUCAAGCAAACAAGAUUGGACUUUGUUUCUGCUGCUUUUAAGUAUCACCUGAAGCAAACGCACACACACAGACUGAGGUCCACCCCUCUAAGCCCUUCAGUGAGACAAUAGUUCAUCUCCUGGUCUCCUGAAUCUGUCAGAUGGUUAUUUCAGAUGGACCACAAAUCUGGCAGCUAAGCCUUUUCCCCAGUUUUUCAAGCUUCUCAGCAUGGGCCAACACUGCCUAGAGAGCAACUCUCUGGAAAUCAAAUACUGACACUGGGGAAUCCAACCCUAGAACUGAAAAGCUCUGCAAGGCAGAGAGACAAAAUACCCCUCUCCUCAUGUUUCCCUUGGUUUCUGGAGAGCACCUAGAGAAAACCUCCUCAUCUCUGAACCUAACACAGCCCUUUCCUACUGUCAUAACGCCUUCUGUAAAUGUAGGGUACGAUGUUCUCCUCUACCAUCAAAACCAAAAUCUUCUUCCUGCCAGCUUUGCUCCACUCAGUCCUCUUGGGUAGAUAGCCCUAAAACUUUUGUGUGUCUUUCACCCAAACCCCACAUCUCCACAUCAGGAGAAGUAAGACACUGGACUCAUCAUCUCUGUCAGGCUUCUCCACAUGCACAUGCACAUAUACAAGCCAAGACCUACAUCCACAGGGCUCACUGCCCAUUUCUUAGGGAUUAAGUUUCCCCCUCAAAGCACAUGACUCUUACACUCCUCACCCCCACACCAUUUCCUAGUAUUAGGUCACACAUAUCUGCCUAUGCUUCUGCAAAACCCCUGAGGAUCACAAAGCAAAAGUCCCUGUCUAAUGCAAGGCUGGUGCUGCUAUCACCAAGCCAGAGCUUUGUGGCUGGGCUUCGAUGUAUGUGGUCAUCAGCAGGAGGCAGAUGAUCUACGUCAGAGCUGUGAUGACUCAGGGGGUUUUAGGGUGAUUUUUUUCUUUCCCCCACAGCCAAUAAGAGCAUUCACAGAGGCAUAUCUUCUCCAGCAGGAAGUAGGGCAGUCACUCCCCUGUCUGCCAGGCUCCUAUGAAGUGGUGGAGAUGGCAGCGAACUUCAUCUACAGUUGUAUUGUACUUUGCUGCUUAACAAUCUGGAGCUUCAACAGGACUUCAUGUGAUAUACAUGUACCACCACCUCAUUCAACCAUGAAACCUGGCUCCCCUAUCCCAGCGAACAUCAACAGCCCUGGUGUUCGCAAAGCAGCUCGCUUUGGGGUUUAUAGAUACAACAACGGUUCCAAUGACCUCUUUCUGUUUAAGGAUUCACGAAUAAACAAAGCCAUGGUACAGAUUGUCAGAGGGCUGAAAUACAUGCUCCAUGUGGAAAUCAAACGCACUGUGUGUGAGAAGAGGGAGCACUCCAGCCUGGACAGCUGUCACUUCCAGAGGGAAAAAAACCUGCAACAGACGCUGAGAUGCUAUUUUGAGGUCUGGAUAACACCUUGGUUACAGAAAGUACAUGUCCCUGUUGUCCACUGUCACCAACAGCUUUCCCCAUGAGACCCUGACUUACAGGGGAUCUACCACCAUGUGUUUUUCCUUACCUGGACUGUUGACAUCAAUACUAAAGUGGAGAAUGUACAGAACCACCAUAGAGCUUUUCUCUCAAAGUGCAUGGUUGUUUUUUCCUUGAGAAAGAUACUCAAAAGUGACAAAGACCUGCCUUGACUGAAUGUAUUGCUAUCCAGUUGUGUAUCUCUUUUUCCAAAACUAAAGUGUACAUGAACACA